CAAGAUUGCAAACUAACCACGUAAAUUCCACCACUCCCCCACGACCACCUGUGUGGUGAGCGUUCUCUCCCUCUCUCCCACAAACCCACGAAACUGGUAAGCCCCUUUUCUCGCUGCUGUCAGGUUUCUUCAAUCGGUUAGAGACAUUUUUGUUUUGUUUUUUUUCGGUGUACUUCUAAUGAAUAAUCACAACCCCAGAUGCACAUAAAGCGCAUGAUUCUCACUGAGUUACAAACUAAAACUGAAGACUGCUUAGGUUGAAUUUGCAUGUGGGUUUUCUAUAUACUCAUCAAGUCACUGAACCCAAGUCGAAUUCACUAGUUUUCCUUUGUGGGUUUUCAGUGUUUGGAUAUAUUCAUGGCUUCUGCAAUGCUCCAUGGAGCAGAAAACCUCACACUCAUCAGAGGAAUAACCCCAAAUGGGUUAGGUUUUAUGGGGCCAGGUUUUCGUGUGAGGAACUUUCCCAAGCUGGGUUUGGUGUCUUGUACUAGGAUUUCGAAGGGUAGAACCAUAGUGCCCAAGUGUAGUGUAUCGGCUCCGAGGCCGGCUUCACAGCCUAGGUUCAUUCAGCACAAGCAAGAGGCAUUUUGGUUCUAUAGAUUCCUAUCAAUUGUGUAUGACCAUAUCAUAAACCCUGGGCAUUGGACUGAGGACAUGAGGGAGGACGCACUUGAGCCUGCUGACCUCAGUGACCGGAAUAUGAUAGUCGUAGAUGUCGGUGGUGGAACUGGGUUUACCACUUUGGGGAUUGUUAAGCACGUUGAUGCCAAAAAUGUAACAAUUUUAGAUCAGUCGCCUCAUCAGCUUGCUAAGGCUAAGCAGAAGGAGCCCUUGAAGGAGUGCAAAAUAGUUGAGGGCGAUGCAGAAGAUCUCCCUUUUCCUACUGAUUAUGCAGAUAGAUAUAUAUCUGCGGGAAGUAUUGAGUACUGGCCAGACCCACAGCGUGGGAUCAAGGAAGCAUACAGAGUGUUAAAACUUGGAGGAAAAGCAUGCUUAAUUGGUCCUGUUUAUCCUACGUUUUGGCUGUCUCGCUUCUUUGCAGAUGUGUGGAUGCUCUUCCCUAAGGAGGAAGAGUACAUUGAGUGGUUCCAAAAAGCUGGAUUUAAGGAUAUCCAAUUGAAAAGGAUUGGCCCAAAAUGGUAUCGUGGGGUUCGUCGCCAUGGGUUGAUCAUGGGAUGUUCUGUUACAGGUGUAAAACCUGCAUCUGGGGAUUCUGCUUUGCAGCUUGGUCCAAAGGUAGAGGAUGUAAAAGAGCCUGUAAAUCCUUUUGUGUUCCUCUACCGCUUCAUUUUGGGUGCCAUGGCAGCAACAUACUAUGUCCUUAUUCCUAUUUACAUGUGGCUCAAAGAUCAAAUCGUACCCAGGGGUCAACCAAUCUGAGAGGAGGAGAUUUCUGCUUGGCAGUUGAAGAUGAUUUGGGAUACUCUUCUAUAUCGAUGCAUCUUCUCUUAUUAACAAAAUAAAUUGUGCCUUAGUAUCCAGUUAUGUUUCUCAUUUCAUUUUCAUGUUUUUUUAAGUCCUUUCAAGAGGAUGGCAUGGUUCUGUUUCCACCAGACUUUCAUUUUUAUGUAUCUACUGUUCAAAGUUUUGUUAGUACCAAUGUUAAGAUGCAAGCUUUCUGAUAAGGAAUGCUAAUAUAUAGAAUUCCUCUUGAUAUGCAUCUGAACAAAGACACCGAGAGAAAAAUGCAAAUACAUUCUGUUUAUUCUCUUAA